GUACACGUGGAAACGUCCUUCAUUUCUGCCCAACGGAGCAAACGGGCGCCGAGCGACACCCCCCGCGCUCCCACGCCACUUGGGCAUUUCUGGAAGAGGCCCCGCCCACUUUGAGCCACGUGGUCGGCGGCGGGGUCCGCUCAAAGCCGGCUGCUGGGUCUGCGCUCCGCCGGGGGCUCGGGAUGGCGGCGACCCCGUCCGCCGGUGCUGCUCGGUUCUCUUGUCCCCCCGAUUACACAGCGAUACCCCCAGCCUCAGAAUCCCGUUUCUCCCUGGAGGAGCUGUCUGGCCCAGAUACCCAGCUGUGGCUUAUCCAGGCCCCUGCAAACUUUGCUCCAGAAUGCCUCAACGGGCGGCUGGUGCCUCUCUCUGGCUCCCAGACAGUGAAGGGCAAGUUGGCAGGACAGCGGCUGCGCUAUCAGGUCCUCAGCAGCAGCGGUCCCCGGGCAGGAGAAGCAACCCUGCUGGCUCCUUCAGCCCAUGCAGGCGGUGGACUUACUUGUGCCCCGACCCCCCAGGGCAGCCUAAGGAUCUUUGAGAGUCCCCCAAAAUCCCUAUCAGGGACCCCUCUGCAGCCCAUCCCAAUGAACCCCCCACCACAGAUCCCUCCUGGCCUGAGGCCUCGAUUCUGUGCCUUUGGGGGCCAACCACCAGUCACAGGGCCUGGGUCAACUCUGGCCCUGAAGCCACCUGUAUUGGGGAAGAGGAAGAAGAAGAAGCAGAUGCCAGAGGCCGAGGCCUCCCAGGAGGCAGUGAAUGGGUAUGAGGCCCUGGAGGUGGACACAACUCUGAGGUCCCUCAAAGUCGAUGUUGGGAAGAAGAAGAAGAAAAAGCUGCCAACAGAGGUGGCGGAGCCUGCAAUGACAGAGCCCACAGCUGAGCUGCUGGGGCCUCUGGGAGUCCUAGUCCCACCCUCCACGAAGAGGAAGAAGCCCAAAGCAGUUGACCCACAGGUCGGGGUGCCAGAACCAGAAGGACAGAUGGCCGAGCCAGAGCUGGCGGUGAAAACAGAGCCUCCUGAAGAGGCAGCCCCUUCCCCAGGCAGGAAGAGGAAGAGGAAAAAAGAGGCAGGAGUGGAGCUGGUGGAGGGGACGGUGGCCGGACCUCAGCCACAGGUGAAGGUGGAGCUGCAGGAGGAAGCCCUCUCACUGCUCCCCAAAAAGAAGAAGAAAGAAAAGAGGCAGAGCGCAGGGUCGGAGCCGGGGGCUGAGGCUGGGGAGCCAGAGAGGCCGCCUCUGGCGCUCUGUCCCCAGAAAGCAGAGCCCGAGCUGCCAGGUGACGACAGGCCUCAGGCCGAGGCAGCUCUGGUGUCCUCCAAGAAGAGGAAGAAGAAAGAAAAGUGGCAAAGUGUAAUGCUGGAGCCGGCGACAGAGGUGGCAGAGUCUGAGCUGCCAGGUGACCUUGAGCCUCAAGUAGCUCCAGUAUCUACCAAAAAGAAGAAGAGAGAAAAGGAGCACAAAAUGACAGAGCCAGAGACCGAGAUGACUGAGCCACCAUGGGGGACAGGGGAGCCUGAGGUCAGCGCAGCACCAGGCCUGACCAGGAAGAAACCGCGGGGUCAGGAAGGCGGCGAGGUGCCAGAGGGGGUGCCCCCGGAGGAGAUUCCAGGGCCACUGCUGAAUCUGGAGCCCAGGGAGGCGGCUCCCGCAGGACCAGAGAAGAAGAAGAAGCACAAGAGGAAGCCUCAGCUGGAGCCUGGAGCCCUCCCCCAGGGAAACUGAGGAACCAAAACCACCCAGGGCAUCAGAAGGUGAGCAAAGCGACGAACCCAGAACCUGCCCAGCAACCCAGCAGGAGCCUGGCCCCAGAGAAUGCUUUAUUGUCACGCUGGAGGUGGCAGCUGUUCAUCGGGGCACUUUGAGGAAGGGCUCGUGGAGGACAUCAAACAGCCUGCGGGCCUGGGGUGGGGAGCGAAAGGAACCAUUCAUUAAAGAGGCCACGUGUUUGCUGCGUG